AUGACUAGUGUUACUGCAACUGACGUUCACCAUCUUCCCGACGGCGCUCAUCAGGCCGGUGGCGGGGUGUCCGGAAAGCAGCACACCGUCAACACUAUCACCGCCCCUGUCUUUGCUCACCUGCAAAACAUCUUCUCCACCCAUGCUGGUAGUUCUUCGGCUUGGACACCUGAGCAGGUCGCGGCUUUCCUCAGGGAUGUUCAGAAAACCAGCGAUUCGGAGAUUCUCCAUGAACUGGCUGAUGGGAAGCCCUGGGACUUUGAGAGAUUUGUCCGUUACAUGAGCUCGGCCGUCUCUAGUGCCGUCGCACCGGCCCAGAAGCAGGACCUAACCUACCCCCUAUCCAGCUACUUCAUUAGCUCCAGCCACAACACGUACCUCACUGGUAACCAGUUGUCGAGCGAUUCGAGUGCUGAUGCGUACAAGAAUGUCUUGUUGCGGGGCUGCCGUUGCGUAGAGGUCGAUGUCUGGGAUGGUUCUGACACAGAAUCAGAGGAUGAUGAUGAUGCUAAGAGCACCACAAGCAGCAGCAGCAGCAGCAGCAGUAGCAGUAGCAGCAGCAGCAGCAGCAGCAGCAGCAGCAGCAGUGACGACGAGGCCACCAAGGCUUUGAAGAAGGCCAAGAAGAAAGAGAAGAAGGAGCGGAAGGAGAGAGAGAAGAGGGAGAAGAAAGAGAAAAAAGAGAAGGAAAAGAAACAGAAGAAGAGUCGUUUCGCAUCUCUGACCAGUCGCUUCGAGAAAACGAGCCUUACGGACACGCCAUCAUCUGAAGCACAGGCGGCUACUCCCAACGCUUCCACUGAUCAGCCGGCGCCGCCUUCCCGGAAGAGCACCCGUCGCAAGGAGCCCCGUGUUCUUCAUGGCCAUACGCUAACAAAGGCGGUGUCAUUCCGCAAUGUCUGUGAAGCCAUCCGGGACUACGGCUUUGUGACGACCGACACGCCGCUCAUCGUCAGUUUGGAGGUCCACUGCAGCCCAGAACAACAAGAGACCAUGACCGAGAUCAUGGAGGAACUCUGGAAGGACCGGCUGGUCAAUGAUCCUAGGGAGGAGAUCACCCACCUUCCCCCUCCUGAGGAGCUUCGUGGCAAGAUCUUGAUCAAGGUAAAGUAUGUCCCUCCGGAUGCGGGAGAUGUCUCACCUUCGGGUGAAGGCGAUGAGUUGCCACCACAAGCUUCCGCAAAGAAGAAGGCGCCGUCCAAGGUGAUCCAGGCCCUGAGCCGACUGGGCAUCUACACGCGGGGCGUGACGUUCAAGGGCCUGUCGCAGCCCGAAGCAACCAUGCCGACUCACAUCUUCUCGCUAUCCGAGGGAACUGUGGAAGAAGUGCAUGAGAAGCAGGGACGCGAGCUGUUUGAGCACAAUCGCCGGUAUUUGAUGCGCACGUAUCCCAAGGGCACUCGCAUCCUGUCUGGUAACCUUGAUCCUCCAUACUUCUGGCGUAAGGGCAUCCAGAUUGUGGCGCUCAACUGGCAGAACUGGGACUCUGGCAUGAUGUUGAAUGAGGGCAUGUUUGCCGGUACCGAGGGCUAUGUCUUGAAGCCAGAAGGCUACCGCUGCGAGAAGCCUGGCUCGUUUGGUCCAGUUGCGGUCGAGGUCCACCAUUACACUAUGGAUCUCUCGAUCCAAGUGCUUGCUGCUCAGAAUUUACCCCUUCCAAUCGAUGAUGAUGAUGCGUCGUCCUUUGAGCCCUACCUCAAGGUCGAGCUGCAUGUUGAGGAGCCCGGCGAGCGCCAUGGUUCUUCACAACCUGCCGAUGGCAAGGAGAAGGAAGGUGAAUACAAGGCCAGGACCAAGUCGCUCAAGGGUCUCCACCCCGAUUGGAAGGGCGAGGUUCUGCGAUUCGAUAAUGUGCCCGGUGUUGUGCCCGAACUGAGUUUUGUGCGCUUCCUUGUCAGGGAUGAUGAAGCUCUUCGGCGUGACUCUUUGGCCGGAUGGGCAUGUGUCCGGGUCGACCGGCUGAAGGAGGGUCUGCGCUUCGUGCAUCUGAUGGAUGCUCUGGGUGUUGAGACUGAGGGCGUUAUUCUGGUGAAGAUUGAGAAGCGUCUGCGCUGA